UAAGCCUUUCCUGAAAAUUUGCUUGAGCCAGCUUCAGAUUUUUGACCGAGAUAUAGGGAUUUUAAUUUUUGCUAGUAACAGACGAAAAACCGGUUUUUCACAAAACUACCUCUGGCGAAGUUAUUUUCAUUUCAACACAACAACAAAUGUUGCCACUAUAUUUAGCGUAGUCGAUUACCUAUAUUCUAUGGCAUUUCGAGAUUCUCAGAGAUGUCUGCUCGGAGACAGACACGCACUCGGGGAAAGCGAGCCCGGUCCGAACGUCGAUAGCUGGAGAGCUGGAACUUGCAUAAUUUUGUAGAGUAACGUCCGGACUAUCUAUGCAUGCAAAAAAAUUGCUAACUACAACAUUACAACUACCACACAGUAACUAUUUUUUUUACAUUUUAGUGAUCAGGAUUCCGACUAGGCCAGAUUCGUUGAUUAGGGAAGAAAUACGAAAAAAAGGACAUUUUCAGUUACAAUUUUAAGCAAAACUACAAAGUCUUGUUUGUUCUUUUACUUCGACAAAAUAUUCAGGUCUGAUGACAUCGCUGACUUAUAGUUCAUAGUUCGUGCUAUUUGUACGAAAUGAGGAGAGCUACUCAGCAUGUUUUUAAAUGAUUUGUCUUUCUCAGAACUAUUCGUAACUUGACAGUAUUAAAGAGCAGUAGAUAGGUAGGGUUUGAGUUCCCUACUAAGAACUGAGAAAAAGAACUGUUAUGCAGUUUAUGUUCGAGUGACUCUAACCUGUUUGUAACACCUCUUGUGUGCAGCACAGUGUAUCAUAUUCAGAAUUCUGCGUGACAACGUCUACCCUGGAGCUAUUUUUGACAGCAUCUUGGUUUUUUCACCGUUCUGUGCAAGAUUUGUUGCCGCCAUCAUCGUUCGGCUGCAAACAAUCGACGUUUGCAGGCAACCAUAACCUGGACCAAUUUUCUCUGUUCGCGGCAGUCUUGCUCCUCCGGUUCUCCCAGUUAAAUGUCAGAUUUUGCGAUUUUGGAUAUAUGUAACGAGAUUCUGCCUUUUCGGAGUUCUGUGAGUGAUCUGCUAUUCAGGAUAUUUCUGAUAGGAUUUUGAAUUGGUUAGGAGUCUCGUGCUUUUGCUCUUGUCGUGCUCCUUCACGGAUUUUUGGUAUUCUCAGGAUUUGGUGUGAAAUUUCAAUAGUUUCGGAAUUUUGUACGGAAUUUCGCUGUUUCUGGAAGUUUGUUAAAGGUUGUUCGCACAAAACCCUGGACAUAUCAGAAUCUCGCCAGCAGUUUCUUCAGCAGUUUUCUGUUGAAGUCGUCUUUGUGUAACACAAGGUUUUCCUCACAAUCAUUGUAAACCAAUGAUUACCAGCACAGCUGAUGUUAUACUUAACUGGCUUUACCUUCUACGACAGAUCUCAGUCCAAUUCAACCGGUAUACCCGCUGAAAAUGUUUACCUAGAACAUCGUUGAUAAAAAUUUCUAAUUUGGUACUUCACAAGUUGAUCUGAUUGCAUAUUUUACCGUAAGACCAGAAGUCCGAUCCGACUUUCUAAUUUGAUUGCACGAAGACGACGAAACUUCAGAACCCUACUUUGCUGUCUUCCAAAACCUGCUAUCAGUGUCUCUUCUACAAGCAAUAAUAAACAUAUUAUUACUGUCCUCUGAUUUAUUUUUAGCACCGAGCAUCAUCAUUCACACCAUAACCAGAAUACAAAUAUCAGUUGUACAUUCAAAAAUCUAUUUCAGUUAUCGGCUCGAUCGAUGAUUGCUAAUAAUUUACAGACAGUUUUAAAACUACAAAAUAUUAAUACUGAUGAUCUUGAACAUAGUACUACCAACUCAUCGUAUGAAUUAUAUUGCACAAGAGAUGAAGCGAACAGAAUUCGAGAUAAUCUAUCGUCGGUUUUACCCAAUCAGUAUCAUCACGUAUGGUAUUCGAUGAAACCAAAACCGUUACAAAAUAUUGAAAAACAAUCUAUAUCUUCCCAACAAGAAAAUGAAAAACAGAAAGAAUAUUCUGGUCAAUGUCAUUUUGGAUCAAUGUUGUCCUAUAAUAAAUUUGCAAGUGGACAGUCUCGAGAUGGUUUUAAUAUUAAAAUUUGGUAUAAUAGACGUCGCAACGGAAGUGAUCCAGAAUCAAUCAGAAUUGUAAAUCGGUUAAACAGAAACGAAGAAAUAUUUAUUUCAAUGAAAUCGAUUCAAAAACAAGUGCUGGUUCAUCGUCAUCCGGAUAUGAUACAAAUUGUGCUCAUGUUUUGCAUCACUAAUGAAUCUUCUACUUAUUAUCGAACAAUUGCCAAUAGUUCCGACGUUCUAUUAACAUUUACAAACACUCACCAUGCUUGGACAUUUCUUCAUGGACUGACAAGUCAUAAAGAUGAAGGAAAAUUUCAAAUUAACUGGGUUUUGUUAGAACAACAAACAUUGGACGAAAAUCGUUCGAUAAAUGUACCUCUCAUGGAUUCAUUUAAAAACCAAUAUGCCUUGCAAAUGUUAUUAUCAAUGGAAUUAGACCAAAAUCAUUGUUAUGAUUUGACAGGGGUUUAUGACGAUUAUCAACAAUCUGUAGAACAGCAAAGUCAGAAGAGAAAUAAACGAUCAAAUCAACAAGAAUACUAUCAUGUACCAUUUGCCACAUUAACACCAUUAAAAAUCAUAUUUCAUCCAUUGGAAAGUACAAUCGGUCAUCGUGCUUUACGUCAACAACAAUUUAAUGGUGAACAAAAUCUUUUACUUGUACACAUAAGAGACGAUGAUAGCUCCAUAUUGCAAGAUUUUAGUGAUGCAUUAAAAGAUCGAAUAAAAGACAAAAUGCUAAAUGGGAUCAAAUGUCAAGAUAAAACAUACAGAUUUAUUGGAUCAUCAACAAGUCAGCUGAAAGACUUAUCUUAUUGGUUUUUAUCCCUUGAAAAUAAAUCGAUCGAUCAAGCUCGACAAUUGUUAGGAAAUUUUUCAGCCAUAAACAAUGUUGCAAAUUAUAUUGCAAGAGUCGGACAAUAUUUUUCGACUACAAGACAAACGCAGAUUAGACUUCAAUAUAUCGAAAAAAUAUCAAAACCAAAUCAGUUACCGCCUUAUGUAACAGACAUGCCGGAUGUACAAAUCGACACUGAUAAGAAAUAUUGUUUCACGGAUGGUAUUGGAAAAAUUUCUUUGGGUUUGGCAGGUUUAGUAGCACGAAAUUUGAAGAUACCAUUAGAAUCGAGGGAUGAUAUACCAUCGGCAUUUCAAAUUAGACUUGCUGGCUGUAAGGGGAUGCUUGUCAUUGAUUAUGAAUCAACGUUAGACGAUUAUUACAUCAAGAUCAGACCCAGCAUGAAAAAAUUUGAAAGUGACGAUUGGGUUCUAGAAAUAUGCGAUCAUUCAAGGCCAAGUAAACAAAAAAUAAUAACCCAGCUGUAG